AUGAAAAAAGUGGCAGUCGCUGCUCCACAUCGCUGGUGUCUUCAUAUACUGUGUGCAACCAACAAGGUUAUUGCCAAACAGCAACAACAGCAAGCAGGCCUGGAGGUUGGCUUAGUAACCAGAGAGCGGCUAGACCUGCCAGGGCCCCAGAACGGGGCGGGACAGGAGGGAGAGAGCGAGCGGGAGACGGGAUCCCAUCGAGCUUGUGUCAGCAGCUUCCCCGAGGGGCGUGAGCGGCUGAGAGGCGGGCGGGCGCGCGGGGGAGGCUGCUUCGCGGCUGGCUACAAUGGUUACAGCCCUGGAGAGGCAGCGUUAGGGACGCGCGCGCAGGCACACCGACACAACAAGCGCGCACGCACUCCGGGAGCAGCCGCUUCGGCUGGUGUCGGCAGGAGGAGGAGGAGGAGGAGGAGGAGGGCGCAGGCAGGCGCCGAAGAAAGAUCCCAAGCCCGCAUCGCCUUGCCUUCCCCGCUCGGGCUCUGGAAACCGCGGCUAACUUGCAGAGAAACUUUGCGCCCUGGGCUGCGUCCUCUUUCGCCAAACAAACAAGCCGGAAGGGGGUUGAGGGGAGAGAGAUGGGGGGCUCGGGCCGGUCAAAAUAGCUACCCAGGGAGGAGAUGCUGCCGACGCCGAAGCCCCGAUCCAUCGGCUCCCCCUCUCCGGGCUCCUUUGCAGGUUCCAGUUAGCGCCAUCGUCGGGGAGGAGAGAGGGCUCCCCAUCCCGUGCCCAGCGCUCCAGGAUCGAGGUGUUGCGGUGUUGUUUUUUAACUCAACGCGGCUGAUAACAUGCAUGUGUCACUAGCUGAAGCCCUGGAGGUUCGGGGAGGACCACUGCAUGAAGAAGAAAUAUGGGCUGUAUUGAAUCAAAGCGCGGAAAGCCUUCAGGAGUUGUUCCGGAAAGGUAAGGUCCUGACUUGUAGCAG